AUGCAGGCUUUCCGCCGUAGCACCCUCUCUGCCCUUCAGAAUGCCGCUGCUGUGCAGCGACGAGCUUACAGCCAGGGCAGCUCGAUCUACUCUGAGACUGUGAACAACCUGCGCAUCAAUGCAGACACCAAGGUCCUCUUCCAGGGUUUCACUGGAAAGCAGGGAACGUAUGUUGCGGUGAUAUCUAGCGUUCCCAUUUUAGCCGCAUACAAAGAUGCUGACGUUGCCUUUUUUUCGCUACCAACAGUUUCCACGCUGAGCAAGCCAUUGCCUAUGGUAUAUUACGAUUUACCCCUUGAUCUUGGUUGCGCGGGUCUACGACAGGAGUUCAAAAGCUUACAAUUCUCAGGAACCAAGGUUGUCGGCGGUACCAACCCUAAGAAGGCCGGUACGAUGCACCUUGAUAGACCUGUUUUCGCAAAUGUCAGCGAGGCUGUGAAGGAAACUGGUGCCACUGCCUCUGCUAUCUUCGUUCCUCCCCCUCUAGCUGCUGCGGGUAUCGAGGAGGCUAUCGCGGCUGAGGUUCCCUUGGUUGUUUGCAUUACCGAGGGUAUUCCCCAGCACGACAUGGUUCGCAUCACGGAUAUCUUGAAGACUCAGAACAAGACCCGUCUGGUUGGACCCAAUUGCCCUGGUAUCAUUGCUCCUGGCCAAUGUAAGAUUGGUAUCAUGCCUGGAUUCAUCCACAAGCGCGGUCGUGUCGGUAUUGUGUCUCGGUCCGGAACCCUGACCUACGAGGCUGUCAACCAGACCACCCAGGCCGGUCUCGGCCAGUCCCUCGUCGUUGGUAUCGGUGGUGACCCCUUCUCCGGUACCAACUUCAUUGACUGCCUGAAGAUCUUCCUCGAGGAUGAGGAGACAGACGGUAUCAUCAUGAUUGGUGAGAUCGGUGGUAGCGCCGAGGAGGAUGCUGCCGAGUUCUUCAAGGCCAACAACAAGUACAACAAGCCCGCUGUUGGUUUCAUCGCUGGUAUUAGCGCUCCCCCCGGUCGUCGUAUGGGUCACGCUGGUGCUAUCGUUAGCGGUGGUAAGGGUGGUGCUGACUCCAAGAUUGCCGCCCUCGAGAGUGCCGGUGUCACUGUGGAGAGAAGCCCUGCCCAUCUUGGUAAGACUCUGCUCGCUGAGUUCGUCAAGCGGGAUCUUGUCUAG